AUGCCCUCCGUCACCAAUUCACUACCUUUCUCCCCUGCUGAACUCGCCUAUCUUCAUACAUCUCUUUCCUCGGUUCCCCCACUGCGACCAGAUGCUCGCUCCUUGUCGACGGAUUUUCGACCACUACGCGCAGAGACCGGCGUCCUCCCAGCAGUGAAUGGCAGCGCCCAUGUGGGAUUCAGUGAUGGCCGAGAAGCAAUAGUGGGUGUGAAGCUGGAAGUCGAAAAGACGAUUGAUAGCAAAAGCUCAGAGCUGAGACAAGAGUAUGGAGCUAUGGAAGUUGAUAUCGACCACGAUCAUACUCGGACACCGAGGAGAGGUCAACCCGAAUGGGUGACUCUUACCCUGACUCUUCCGGGAAUACGAGAUGAUGACCGUAACUUGGUGUUUCUGGAGGAGAUGCUGCGUGAGCCUUUGGUGGUACCUCCUCCUUCAACAAACUCCAAAGACGUAUCUUUGCAGGACAGUCUAGUGAUCAACUCUCGUUGGCAUUGGCACAUCUACAUUGAUGUCCUGCUGAUUUCGCCCAAUGGGCUAGCAAGCUACCCUCUCCCGCUAUUGAGUAUUGCUGCACACCUUGCUUUACGCGACACGAGAAUCCCAAGACUCAAAAGCGAGGGCGAAGAAGAUCCUGUUGCCGACGAUGACUGGAUGGCCAGCACAUAUUUGUAUCCUCGAACAAAUUCCUUUGGUCCAAGGCCUCCUGUCACUCUCCUUGUCGUUGUGGUGGGUGAAAAUACCAUCUUUGACCCCAGUAGAGAAGAACUUGCGGUCGCAGAUGGCGUUGUCGCGGUCAGUGUGAGCCAUGGAAAGAGCCUUGAAGACUACAGAAUACUAGCUGUUCGAAUGAUUGAUACUCCGGCAAGAGAUACCAUGAAAGGUGUACCUUUGUCAGGCGAGGUUCAAGAAGGAGUCGAUAUUCCGGGUGUUUGGAAACCUCGGGUUGGCGGAAUCAAGAGAAGCGUAUUGAAGGCGGUAGUCAAGACGGUUAUUGCUGGUGGCGUUGCGCGGGAUAUUAUGACUGGUCUUGAUGGAUUUCUCGAUAUCGAAAUGAAAGCAGAGAACGGCGCUGGUGCUGUGUGA